AUGACUUCAUUGAACAUCAAAUCUCACGUUAAACUCUACAUCUUCUUCUUUCAAAUUGGAACACUUUCAUCGCCGCAACGCCUUUUGCGAGUAUUUUCCACAAUUUGUCUCAUUUUCUACACUUUUUUCUACUUAACAUCAUCCGUGACGGGCGUUCGAGACUUAAUCCUAUCCAAAGGCAUCCACAAAAUCGAAAUUUUAUACGAAAUUCUACACGGAUUGUCAGUCGGGCUCAAAUUAUUGCUUUUACGCCCUCAUUUGAAGCAACUCAAAGCUCUUUUACACGAAUUUGAUGAACUUAACCUAAAAAAUCAUGACAUUAUUUUGAGUUACGUUCAAUUAUUCAAUAAACUUUUCAAAGGAUUGGCGUCUUUGUGGGUAUUCGCAGGGAUUUUAGCGAUCAUUUCGCCAUUUUUUGUGGGCAAACUCCCGUUUGAAAGUCAGCAAAUACCCUUUUUGGGACUUACAGAGGAGAAAAAUUGGAAAUUUGCCCUUACAAUGUUGCAACAAGAUGGAUUUUUGUUGUAUGGAAUUACUUCAACUAUAAUUAUGGAUGGAUAUCCGGCGUUAAUUCUUGCUUUAAUUAGUGGUUAUUUGGAAGAAAUCGCAAAUGAAGUUAGAAAAAUCAAAAAUUUAAAAGGAAAUGAUGCUAAAGUGAGGUUAUGUAGUUGUUAUGAUAUGUAUCAAAAAGCUGUCGAGCUACAAAAGAAGUUUUCUCAACUCUAUUCAAUUGCUUUGUCAAUCCAAGCCGCAGUAGGAACGAUUUCUAUUUGUGCCAUCAUGGUUAAACUUUCGCUCGAUUCGCCUCUUGUUAAUUUUGGAUAUUAUUUGAGGAAUGUGUUCUUAAUGCUCAACAUCUUAUUGGAAAUUGCUUUUGUUAACUUCAUGGGUUCAAAACUGAUUCAAACUAAUUUGAGUCUAUCGAAUGCUCUUUACGACACAAAUUGGUUGGAGAAAGAUUCGAAUUUCCGUAAAUUAUUGAUAAUGUUUCAGCAAAGAGCUCAAAAAGUGCUCCAGAUACGAAUUGGAUUCAUUUUCGUCUUGGAUCUUAAUUUGGUAGGACAAAUCUGUAAUUUGGCAUAUAAACUUUAUGCUGUAUUGAUGAAAGUAAAUAAUAUCUAA